AUGUGGUUAUUGUGUGAUUAUAAGGGUAAGCAGUUUGAUGUGAGGGUGGAAGAUGUAGACUUAGCUAGUAUUAUGGAUUUGUUCAAUGAGAUUCAUGAUGAGUCUGUCAAGCAAGAUGUGUGGUUGCCUGAAAAUUUUAGAGUCUAUUACAAGCAUCCAAGGACCAGAAAACUAGUGGAGUUGUAUGAUGAUCCACAUCUUUCAAAUAUGUGGGGUGGGUUUGUAGGAAUGGACACUGUUGAGGUAUUCAUAGAGGAGACACAUCAACCUCCUAGGUUUGUGAUGAAAUUGGUGAAGGACUUGAGGGAAGCAAAGAAAAAUGCUGAGGCUAAGAAACUUAGAAAGAUUGCCGAAGAAAAGGAAAGAGAGAGGGAGGAAGUAAGAAAAAGACAGGAAGAAGAGGAGGCUUUGAGGGAAUUGGAGGAUCAAUUACCCCCCUGUGAAGAAUCUGAAGAUGAUGAUGAAGAUGAUGAGUAUGUUGGGGAAGAAGGGACUUCAAAGGAUGAGGGUUAUGAUUUAGAAGUAGAGGAUGAAGUUGAAGAUGAAGAAGUGGAUGUACUACUAGAGAAAGAAUUUGAAGAUUACUUGGAUGGUGGGUCAGUUUUAGAUAAGUUGUACACAAAUGGUACAAUUGUGGGAGAGAUGAUUUUUGGGCAGGUGAAGCUUGCUCAGCGGAUGAUCUUUUCAAACAAAGAUAACUUCCUUGGAGUGUUCAAGGACUACUGUAUUCAAGAGGGUUUUGAUGUGAGGGUUGAGAAGGCUGACAACCUUAGGUUCAUUGCUAGGUGUAUCAUAGAGGACUGUGAGUGGAGACUUCAUGCAUCCAAACUGAUGGAUGGCAUUAGUUGGGCCAUAAAGUCUGUAACAGGGGAGCAUAAGCUGUGUGGGAGAAUGGAGGAGAAUCCAAUGGUUACCAGUGUUUGGUUAACAAGACAUUUAGGUGAUGUUAUUAGUGCAAACCCUGAUGUACCUGUGCACUCAUUACAGAAAAUGUGUUUGGAGAGGUUUAGGAUAAAGGUGAAGGAAAGGCUGUUGUAUAAGGUGAAGUGCCUGGCAAAGGAGCAGAUGUAUGGGGGUUUCUCUGAAUCCUAUGGUUUGUUACCAACAUAUGUUGAGAUGAUAAAGAGGACUAACACUGGUUGCUAUGUUUUAGUUACUUGGACAACCAACUCUUCAAACAACACACCAAAGUUCAAGGCUUGUUUCUUCUCAUUUGCUGCUCAGUUCAAGGGGUUCCUAAGAGGGUGCAAACCUAUUGUUGGGUUUGAUGGGAGACAUUUAAGUGGGUUCUAUAAGGGAAUCUUAUUGACUGCUGUGGGUAUUGAUGGAAAUAAUGAGAUAUUUCCAAUUGCUAAUGGGAUAGUGGACACAGAGAGUAAAGAUAGUUGGACCUAUUUUUUCAGAAACUUGAAGUUGGUUUUCCAGUCACAAGGUGUUAACAAGGGUGACUGGACAUUCAUAAGUGAUAAGAUGAGGGGUGUUGAGGGAGCACUGUUGGAGGUGUUCUCUACAACUACUAGGAGAAUAUGUUGUCAACACUUUUAUUCCAAUUGCAAGAAUGCUGGAUUCACUGGCCCUCCUUUCCACAACUCUUUUUGGAUUGCUGCUAAUGCCUACAACCUUUAUGUCUGCAACAAAGCCAUGGAGAAAAUAACAAAGGUUGAUCCUAAAGCUACAGAAUAUCUGGACAAGGCAGGAGAGCAGUGGUCUAGGCAUUUGCUUAUGAUUGGUAUGGGUUCAUUUACAAAAAUUAGGGGUUGGUGUAUGAAAAAGAUGGGGGCUAGAUUUGACAGAGCUGUUGACAUGGAACCCAAUGACCUCACUGACUAUGCCACUAAGUUGUUGGAGGUUAGGGCUGAUGAAAGCAGGUUUUGUCAUGUUGUGGAAGCUGGUGGAGGGGAGUUUGAGGUGUUGGAUAAUCAUGUGCACUUCUCUAUUAGGCUAGAAGCUAGGAUGUGUGGUUGUGGCAAAUGGCAGGGCACUGAUAUACCAUGCAAACAUGGUUUGAGGUUUAUUUUUGACCAGAGGCUUAACCCACAUGACUAUGUCUCUGACUACUACAAGGGGGCAGCAUAUAAAGAGACCUAUGCAAGCCACAUACACCCCAUGUCUGACUCCUCUCAAUGGCCUGAGUUUGAACUCUCUAUAAUUCACCCUCCCCCAUUCAAAAGAUGUGCUGGAAGGCCUGCUAAAUAG